CACCGCGAGCCCCGCCCCUUUUCCUGUCGCCUGUCUUUUGAGUUUGGUUUGCAAGGUGACGUUGGAACCCGAGGGUGCGGAAAAGCUGGGUUGUGGACCCCCGCCAAGUCUCAGCACCACGGAGGUGCCGGGUGUUGCCGAGGGCGCGGGGCCGGUUGCCGCCGGUGGUGCGCUCCGCCCCGGGGCCCCAGCCCCUGCGCUGGGCCCGGCCCUGGCUCCAGCCCAAGGCCAGGCUAGGGCCUCGCAGCUCACCUUCCUGGUGAUGCGUCCCUGCGGAAGGCAGGAGGAAGCUGCGGCCGACAGAGUCCUGAGGCAGGCUCCUGCCCUGGGGGGCAGUGCCGGGGCGGGCAAGCCUAUUAGGUAUCCUUCUGAAGCGGCGGGGGAUGGAGAGGAGGAAGCGGGGGAGGACGAAGCCGACCUGCUGGACACUUCGGACCCUCCGGCGGGAGGAGAGAGCACGGCUAGUUUGGAGGACCUGGAGGACGAAGAGACCCACUCCGGGGGCGAGGGCGGCAGCAGGGGAGCCCGGAGGCGGGCCAGCGGUGGGGGCAGCAUGUGCAAGACCUGCACUUACGAGGGCUGCAGCGAAACCACGAGCCAGGUGGCUAAGCAACGCAAGCCGUGGAUGUGCAAGAAACACCGCAACAAGAUGUACAAGGACAAGUACAAAAAGAAGAAAAGUGACCAGGCCCUGAAUUGCGGUGGAGCCGCCUCAGCUGGCAGUGCGGGGAACGUCAAACUGGAGGAAAGUGCAGAUAGCAUUCUCUCAAUUGUUAAACAAAGAACAGGAGCUUUGGGGGAUCGUCCUGCAAGACCUACACUUUUAGAGCAAGUGUUAAAUCAAAAAAGAUUGUCAUUAUUAAGAAGCCCAGAAGUGGUGCAGUUUUUACAGAAACAACAACAGCUAUUAAAUCAGCAAGUUUUGGAGCAAAGACAACAACAGUUUUCAGGAACAUCAGUGUGAAGGAAUUUAUUAAGAAGCUCUACAUGUUUUUUUAUCUUAUUGUAGUAGACAAAAAUAUUUUUAUACUAAGAUAAGUGGGGUAAGAUAUGCCAGAACAUAAGCAGUUAUUUUCCUGUAAAUAUAUGUGUGCAUUUGGGGAUAAAUAGGGAUUGCACUUUAUGCAACUGAUCUUUUCAGAUCAUCAUAAAUUUGAAGAAAUCAGCUUAUCUUUUCAAAAUAACAUUUAAUUACAAUGUGUUUUUAACAAAAUGUUCUGUCUUUGUUACUAAAGAUUUUGAAGCAGUUACUUUCUGUGAAAGUUAUGAAGUUUUAAUUGACAUUAAUCUUGGAUCUAACUCAGUGGUUUUCAUCAAGGGGCAGUUGGAAAUGUUAUGGGUAUGUUUCACAGUGACUGUGAAACCUGCUGGCUUUUAGUGAAUGAGCCAGGAAUGCUACAUGUUCUGCAGUAUUUGGAAUGGCCCUCUUAAGAAACACUGAUAGCUACCUGUGUUGAAAAAAUGUGUUGGGACACUUUUUGCAGUUAAGACUGGAGCUGUCAAAGAAGUAAGCAUACUCUAUAUCUGUAGGCAAAGUUAAAUUGUUAAAUAUCUGUGAAAUUAUGGUAUAUAUAUCUGUUUUUAGUAAUGUGCUAGUGAAACCUGAGAGGCAUUAACAGUACACUGGAAUGAAUGCACCUCCACAAGUUCACUUCUCUUUUUCAUGUUACCUGUUAGUGUUGAUCUCUUUUAAAGCAGGCACUGUUGUGUGUUGAAUUUGUAAACAGUAUAGAUGUAGUUCAUCCUACCAGUGCCAGGACAAAAUUAUUUUUUUAAUACUCAUGUAUUUUUCAAAAAGAGAUCCUGAAAAUAAGAAUAACAUUCCAGCAUUUUGUCAAUGUUUUUAAAAAUUGAGCUAUAUUUAAGACUCUGUUAUUCCUAAAUAAUGUUCAAAGAAUGACGCUAAUAUAUAUAGUUACCUUUUUCUUAUAUUUUUUUCCUAGGAAAACUUUUAAAAGGCAAGCCUAUCAAUAAGAGUAACAAAUUACAGUAUGUCCAGUGUUAGGACAAUAAAUGUAGGUGUCUCAAGUUUAACUGCAAAAAUGUGUUAGUUUCUUGGUUUUUAAGCUCUGAAAUAGAUAAGUUAAACUGAGUCAUAGCCGUACCAAGAAGUACUUAAGGAGAGAAAGAAUCUUUUUGUUCAUUUUUAUAUGCUUUAGACUUGCAUAUCUGUGCAAAAACACUUUUACCAAUAUUAUUCAUUAAAGUUCACUUGUUGACCUUUGA